ACAUUUGCCAGAAUUGCUCUCAACGAGAGUCCGAGCGAUAAGAUUGUCCUAGUUGACUUUUAUGCCGAGUAAGAGCAUUGCCCGUUUAUCUCACUCUCUUCUUGCUAACGUCAUGCCAGCUGGUGUGGCCCUUGUAGGAUGAUCUCACCAACACUGAAGAAGCUCACCGGGGAUCCUUCGUUGAAAACUGGGAGCGGUCGUUCACUCGAUUUGGUCACGAUUGACACGGAGAAGCAAAUGGAGCUUGCUCAGCGGUACCGUGUAAUGUCGCUGCCGACUGUCAUAGCCUUCAAGGAUGGAAAACCUGCCAGUCAAUUCAUCGGUGCCCUCGACGAGGCUGGGAUUAAGCAGUUCUUGCAACAGCUAUAACAUUUCCACUGGCCGCUCCGGUUAAUUUAAUUUGAUUUUUUCAUCAGGCAGGGCUGGCAGCCCGCCGUGUCAAUUAUAGAAGCUGAAAUGCACAUGCAUAAAAACAAAGAAAAUCUGAGAAAGGUACCUCUGAGGAUCAUAUUACAGGGUGACGUGGGGGGUAAUAAGUAGCGAAGGGAUGGUGCUGCAGAGGGUCUGAGUGAAGAUGCUGGGAAAUUACUGUAUGCUACAACAGUUGAUACCCCGGGAGCCCUGUAGAGCGUAUGGAUCCUCAGCCUUCUGCACGGGCCCCCACACAGAAGGAACCUGAAAGAGGUCAGUUAAAUUGGGCCAGCGUGAACAACAAGUACGAACAAGGGGAUCCUUGGUAGUUUUACAGUAUCGAAUCAAG